AUGGUGACAUGGGACAGCCUCGAUGUCUUCAUUGAGGAUUUCUAUGACAAAUUAUUUAUUUACCAACCCGGCAAUAUACAUGACCACACUGACCCCGGAAAUAUAUCUGGCCACCCCGGCAAUAUACCCGGCCAUCCCGGCAAUAUACCUGGCCACACUGACCCCGGCAAUAUACCUGACCACACUGACCCCGGCAAUAUACCUGGCCACCCCGGCAAUAUACCUGACCACACUGACCCCGGCAAUAUACCUGACCACCCCGACAAUAUACCUGGCCACCCCGACAAUAUAACUGGCCACCCCGGCAAUAUACCUGACCACACUGACCCCGGCAAUAUACCUGGCCACACUGACCCCGGGAAUAUACCUGGCCACCCCGGGAAUAUACCUUACCACCCCGGCAAUAUACCUGGCCAUCCCGGCAAUAUACCUGACCACACUGACCCCGGCAAUAUACCUGGCCACCCCGGCAAUAUACCUGGCCAUCCCGGCAAUAUACCUGACCACACUGACCCCGGCAAUAUACCUGGCCACCCCGGCAAUAUACCUGGCUACACUGACCCCGGCAAUAUACCUGGCCAUCUCGGCAAUAUACCUGACCACCCCGGCAAUAUACCUGACCACACUGACCCCGGCAAUAUACCUGGCCACCCCGGCAAUAUACCUGACCACACUGACCCCGGCAAUAUACCUGGCCACCCCGGCAAUAUACCUGGCCACACUGACCCCGGGAAUAUACCUGGCCACCCCGGGAAUAUUCCUUACCACCCCGGCAAUAUACCUGGCCAUCCCGGCAAUAUACCUGACCACCCCGGCAAUAUACCUGACCACACUGACCCCGGCAAUAUACCUGGCCACCCCGGCAAUAUACCUGGCCACACUGACCCCGGCAAUAUACCUGGCCAUCCCGGCAAUAUACCUGACCACCCCGGCAAUAUACCUGACCACACUGACCCCGGCAAUAUACCUGGCCACCCCGGCAAUAUACCUGACCACACUGACCCCGGCAAUAUACCUGGCCACCCCGGCAAUAUACCUGACCACACUGACCCCGGCAAUAUACCUGACCACACUGACCCCGGCAAUAUACCUGGCCACCCCGGCAAUAUACCUGACCACACUGACCCCGGCAAUAUACCUGACCACACUGACCCCGACAAUAUACCUGGCCACCCCGGCAAUAUACCUGGCCACCCCGGCAAUAUACCUGACCACCCCGGCAAUAUACCUGACCACCCCGGCAAUAUACCUGACCACCCCGGCAAUAUACCUGACCACCCCGGCAAUAUACCUGGCCACCCCGGCAAUAUACCUGACCACCCCGGCAAUAUACCUGACCACCCCGACAAUAUACCUGGCCACCCCGGCAAUAUACCUGACCACCCCGGCAAUAUACCUGACCACCCCGGCAAUAUACCUGACCACCCCGGCAAUAUACCUGGCCACCCCGGCAAUAUACCUGGCCACCCCGGCAAUAUACCUGACCACCCCGACAAUAUACCUGGCCACCCCGGCAAUAUACCUGACCACCCCGACAAUAUACCUGACCACCCCGGCAAUAUACCUGGCCACCCCGGCAAUAUACCUGACCACACUGACCCCGGUAAUUUACCUGACCACACUGACCCCGGCAAUAUACCUGACCACACUGACCCCGGCAAUAUACCUGGCCACCCCGGCAAUAUACCUGGCCACCCCGGCAAUAUACCUGACCACCCCGGCAAUAUACCUGGCUACACUGACCCUGACAAUAUACCUGGCCACCCCGGCAAUAUACCUGGCCACCCCGGCAAUAUACCUGACCACACUGACCCCGGCAAUAUACCUGGCCACACCUACCCAGGCAAUAUACCUGGCCACACCUACCCCGGCAAUAUACCUGGCCAUCCUGGCAAUAUACCUGACCACCCCGUCAAUAUACCUGACCACACUGACCCCGGCAAUAUACCUGGCCACACCUACCCAGGCAAUAUACCUGGCCACACCUACCCCGGCAAUAUACCUGGCCAUCCUGGCAAUAUACCUGACCACCCCGUCAAUAUACCUGACCACACCUACCCCGGCAAUAUACCUGACCACCCCGGCAAUAUACCUGGCCACACUGACCCCGGCAAUAUAACUGACCACCCCGGCAAUAUAUCUGGCCACCUCGGCAAUAUACCUGACCACACUGACCACGGAAAUAUACCUGGCCACCCCGGCAAUAUACCUGGCCACAAUUCUGGCAAUUAA